UACUCCUGGUUCGGAGCACGGCACCAACCAAACCCCCAAUCGAGCACGCCGUCCACUUCCGAGGUCGCGUGCGUGGAUAGGGUUUGCGUCGCCGCCGUCCCGCCGACUGCGCCUCCCCCCUCACCGUCGCGCCAGCGCCGGGGAGACCAGGCCACCACCAGCCGAGCCACCGAUCGAUCGAUCGAUCGACCGGGGCGGUGAUGGCGCACCAGAUCCCCAAGGUCGCCCACACCCUCGUCGAGAUCGCCGAGGUCGCGCGCUACGCCUACGAGCACCGCUCCGGCCACGCCCCGGACCACGACGGCGCCACGGCGCUGGCCGCCGACGGGGAGGAGGCCGCGCGGCUGCGGGCGGAGAACGCCGUCCUCCGCGCCCGCCUCGCGGACGACCUCGCCCUCCUCCGCGAGCUUCAGGGCGCGCCCUUUGUUUCCCAGGAGUGCCCUCCCGACUUGCAUAAUCGUCUUGUAGCAUCAGUCAACAAUGCUGGCUUCCUUGCUCAUCUUGAGAAAGUACGAGAUGAGCCGCUGCAUCAACAUACCAAACUAUCUAUUGGCGGUGUGACAGAGGUGGAUAUUGGAGAUAUUCCUUACACAAAAGAUGAGGGGAAGACUGGGUCAUGGCUCUUGGUUUCCUGUGAUACUGCUGGGGGCAAUCUGGAGGAAAUUAGUGGAAUUGAUGACGAAAAUUAUGUGAUGGUUAAUGAAGAUGACAUCGUCGAUGCUAUUGCUACCUUUGUUGCUAGGUGCAUUCUUGAAGAUCCAAAGUCCAAGUCAUUAUCAUCGAAAGAGCUGCAAAAGGCUGUUGCAACGGCAUUGAGCAGCAUGACAGACCGGAAGAAAUGGAUAAGUUUCUGGGAGGCUGGAAAGGUGAUCUACAUACUGGCAACUUGGGGGAUCACAAUAGCAGGGCUGUACAGGAGUCGUGCAGUCCUGAAAAUGGCAGCCAAAGGAGCUGUCGUCUCCACCAAAUUUAUCAUGAAGGCAUUGUGAGGUGCCAAGUGCCAGUGAAUGGUGGCAUCAUGAUCACACGCAACGGUCCGCAAAUUGUAAAUACAAACUCAUUGUGUCAACUGUACAUAUGUGUUGUGUGAUAUGAUUUAUCUGAGAACUAUCCGUUGGUCAGAUGUGCUGUAACUUCUGAAAUGAUAAUGAUGUCUCUCAUCCUGUAUGAAUAAUGGGGAACUAUCUGCUUGUCA